CCUCCCAUAGAGCCAUUUGAGUGGGUUUGAACCGCAGCAGCCAAGUGCUUAACCAUUGUGCCACAGGGCUCCUUUGGUAAAACCCUAGGUAGCCCUAAAUGAGUUCAGCCAUUUAUUUACGUUCUUUUUAUGCCUUUGACUAACCAGCUGGAGAAAUUACACAACUGGCUGCUCUUUAUAUUCAUGAGCUUAGUUCUUGCAGUCCAUCAACCCUGCGCUGAAAUCCUACCAUGUUUCUCAGAUAAGCAUUCUUUGCUACUUUCCAAGAUUACUCUUUCAUGCAUUUUUUGCCCCUCAUACCUCUUCAUAGUCUGUCUUUAGUUGAAGAGCUUGCCUCAUAUCCAAGUAAGAAAAUAAAAGUUACCAGAUGGAAACUCUGUUAUUUUCCCAGUACUGAAUCCAGAAUCCUACCUGCAUCCUCACCCAUCUAUUCCUUCUGCCCUCGUUUUGUAAGGGAAGGAAGUGCCUCUUCCCUCAAGGGGCAGUCUUUCCAUUUGUACUACUCUAUCUCUUCUCUGUAAGGGAUCUUGUUUCUUUUGUUAUUAAUUCUUCCAUCUCAGUAUAAGUUCUGUAUCAGCAUACAGACACCCUCUGCCUUUUCCCAGCUUAAGAAAACUCAUUCUUGGACGCACAUCUGUCCACUUUUAUUUCCCUGCUCCCCUUUAUAGCUCAAUUUCUUUAGUUACCUACACAGGUUGUCUCCACUUUGUCACCUCACAUUAACUCUUCAACUCAGUUUAGUUUAUCCUCACUACUGCAUUGCUUUUGUCAAGAUUAUCAGUGGCUUUUAUGUUGUCAAAUCUAAUGGACACUUUUCUAUUCUCCAGCCUUUUAAUACCAUUUGCUAUAAUUGACCUCUUUGUUUUUCUUGAAAUAUGCUUCCCCUCUUGGUUUCUGUGAUAGCACUGUUCUGGCUUUCUUGCUACUCUACUGAUUCACCAGCUUUUGGAAAUUUUCCUCUACCUUACCUAUAAUUUGGUGUAUCUUGGGUCUGACCUGGUUCUUUUUCUGUUCUUUAUCUUGGGGUGAUCUUAUUUAUUCCCUUGACUUUAACUAUUACUUACAUAUUGAUGCCUCCCAAAUUUAUAUCUCCAGAUAUCUUUUCUAGAUUUGAUAUCCAACAUCUUACUUGGCUAUCGAAUAGACAUUUUAAAUUUAAAACAUAUCUGAAGUGGAACUUUUCAUUUCCCCAAACCUAUCUCUUUUCCAUUUCUUUCGUCUAAAACUGUUACUAAAGCUAGAAACCUAGGAGUUAUCCUUGUUUGUUUUCUUUCUUUCAUUCCCACAUCUACUUCCUCAGUAAAUCUUCUCCACUGUAUCUUUAAAAUAUACACUUAAUCCAUCAUCUUAUUAUCACCACUAUUAGCACCUAGCUAUCAGGAGACCUAAUAGUUGAUCUCUCUGCUUCCACUAUUGUCUGUGGAGAAUACCCAUUCUCCACAUGAGACAGAGCAGAAGAAAAUACAUAAAUGAGAUUCUCAUUGCUCCCUUGAUUAAAAUUAUCUAAACGGCUCAUAAUUCCAGUUAGAAUAAAACCCAGACUUAAGCUUAUUCUGGCAUACUAGAUCCCACGUGAACUAGACCAUGGUUACCUUUCUGACUUAACCCUUUAGUGAAUGAAUUAUUUUAUGUUUGUAAUUUUUUGGUGAUGUAGUGUUUUUUCACUAAUGGAAUGCAUGCUGAAUCACUGAGUGUUGGCAAUCUUUUGUUAGGUAAUGUGGUUUUUUAUUAAUAUUAUGUGGUACACAUAUAUACCAGUGAAUUCUGGAGGUAAGAUAGGUGUAUGAGAACGGGAAAAAAUAGUUUUUUCUUAUCAAUUUUUUUGUUGUUGAGUGAAACAUUAUUAGAUAACUGCCAAACCACUGUGAAUCAUGGCCCAGCAAAGUGGACACAGAACCUGAACCAUCACAACAGGAUAAUACAAAUGCCAUACCUCCAAACCAAUAUGAGAAUACACAAGGGGGAGACGUUGUCUACUUCCAGCCUCCUGUAAAACUAAAGCCCCGAAAGGAAGUGCGGUUGUGGGAACAUUACCACUGCAAUAAAUUACUGCUUACUGCAAAACAGGUACUUACAGCUCAGAAACCAGAAGAGGGAGAAAGAGACAAAAGUCAUUCACAGUCAGUCCUCCUGCUGCAGCACCUCCUGCAACAACCUCUCAGCACAACAACAUGGCGCCGACGAACAUCCUUCUGGUUUACGCAGUUAAUGGAAGUCUCUGCCCCGACUCUAGCACGUAUUAAAAAUGUUCCAAAAGCAUGCCUAUAAACCCCAGAGAUGGAAAAUAAAUAUCGAUAUCAGGAAGAAGACACACCUCCUCAAGAGCACAUUUCUCCACAAAUCACUAAUGAGGUGAUUGGUCCAGAAUUGGUUCAUGUCUCAGAAAAGAACCUGUCCGAGAUUGAGAAUGUCCAUGGAUUUGUUUCUCAUUCUCAUAUUUCACCAAUAAAGCCAACAGAAGCUGUACCUCCCUCUUCUCCCACUGUCCCCGUGAUCCCCGUCCUGCCAGUCCCUGCUGAGAAUACUGUCAUCCUACCCAACAUAACACAGGCAAAUCCUCCUCCAGUACUGGUCAACACAGAUAGCUUGGAAACACCGAUUUACGUUAAUGGUACUGAUGCAGACUAUGAAUAUGAAGAAAUCACACUUGAAAGGGGGAAUUCAGGGCUUGGUUUCAGCAUUGCAGGAGGUACAGACAACCCACACAUUGGAGAUGACUCAAGUAUUUUCAUUACCAAAAUUAUUGCAGGGGGAGCAGCCGCUCAAGAUGGAAGAUUGCGGGUCAAUGACUGUAUAUUGCGAGUAAAUGAAGUAGAUGUCCGUGAUGUAACACAUAGCAAAGCAGUUGAAGCAUUGAAGGAGGCAGGAUCUAUCGUACGCUUGUACGUAAAAAGACGGAAACCGGUAUCAGAAAAAAUAACGGAAAUAAAGCUCAUUAAAGGUCCUAAAGGUCUUGGGUUCAGCAUUGCUGGUGGUGUUGGAAAUCAACAUAUUCCUGGGGAUAAUAGUAUUUAUGUAACCAAAAUAAUUGAAGGAGGUGCAGCACAUAAAGAUGGCAGACUUCAAAUUGGAGAUAAACUUUUAGCAGUGAACAGUGUAUGUUUAGAAGAAGUUACUCAUGAAGAAGCCGUAACUGCCUUAAAGAACACAUCUGAUUUUGUUUUCUUGAAAGUGGCAAAACCUACAAGUAUGUAUAUGAAUGAUGGCUAUGCACCACCUGAUAUCACCAACUCUUCUUCUCAGCCUGUUGAUAACCAUAUUAGCCCAUCUUCCUACUUGAGCCAGACACCAGCUUCACCAUCCAGAUACUCACCAGUUUCAAAAGUAAUGCUUGGAGAUGAUGAAAUCACAAGGGAACCAAGAAAAGUUGUUCUUCAUCGUGGCUCAACAGGCCUUGGUUUCAACAUUGUAGGAGGUGAAGAUGGAGAAGGAAUAUUUAUUUCCUUUAUAUUGGCUGGAGGACCUGCUGAUCUUAGUGGAGAGCUCAGAAAGGGAGAUCGUAUUAUAUCGGUAAACAGCGUUGACCUCAGAGCUGCCAGCCAUGAGCAGGCAGCAGCUGCAUUGAAAAAUGCUGGUCAGGCUGUCACAAUUGUUGCACAGUAUCGACCUGAAGAAUACAGUCGUUUUGAAGCUAAAAUACAUGACUUACGGGAGCAGAUGAUGAAUAGUAGCAUCAGUUCAGGGUCAGGUUCUCUUCGAACUAGCCAGAAGCGAUCUCUCUAUGUCAGAGCCCUUUUUGAUUAUGACAAGACUAAAGACAGUGGACUUCCCAGUCAGGGAUUGAACUUCAAAUUUGGAGACAUUCUCCAUGUCAUAAAUGCUUCUGAUGACGAAUGGUGGCAAGCCAGGCAGGUUACAUCAGAUGGUGAGAGUGAUGAAGUUGGAGUGAUUCCCAGUAAACGCAGGGUUGAGAAGAAAGAACGAGCCCGGUUAAAAACAGUGAAAUUCAAUUCUAAAACAAGAGGAGAUAAAGGGCAGUCAUUCAAUGACAAGCGUAAAAAGAACCUCUUUUCCCGAAAAUUUCCCUUCUACAAGAACAAGGACCAGAGUGAGCAGGAAACGAGUGAUGCUGACCAGCAUGUAACUUCUAAUGCCAGCGAUAGUGAAAGUAGUUACCGUGGUCAAGAAGAAUAUGUCUUAUCUUAUGAGCCAGUGAAUCAACAAGAAGUUAAUUAUACUCGACCAGUGAUCAUAUUGGGACCUAUGAAAGACAGGAUAAAUGAUGACUUGAUCUCAGAGUUUCCUGACAAAUUUGGAUCAUGUGUUCCUCAUACAACUAGACCAAAACGAGAUUAUGAGGUAGAUGGAAGAGACUAUCAUUUUGUGACUUCAAGAGAACAGAUGGAAAAAGAUAUUCAGGAACAUAAAUUCAUUGAAGCUGGCCAAUAUAACAACCAUCUGUAUGGAACAAGUGUUCAGUCUGUACGAGAGGUAGCAGAAAAGGGCAAACACUGUAUCCUCGAUGUGUCUGGAAAUGCCAUAAAGAGAUUACAGAUUGCACAACUUUACCCAAUCUCCAUUUUUAUUAAACCCAAAUCCAUGGAAAAUAUCAUGGAAAUGAAUAAGCGUCUAACAGAAGAACAAGCCAGAAAGACGUUUGAGAGAGCCAUGAAACUGGAACAGGAGUUCACUGAACAUUUCACAGCCAUUGUACAGGGAGAUACGCUGGAAGACAUUUACAACCAAGUGAAGCAGAUCAUAGAAGAACAGUCUGGCCCUUACAUCUGGGUUCCAGCAAAAGAAAAGUUAUGAGGACUGAUGUUUCUCUGUUUCUCUUUUCCAGUCUCAUUUCCUUUAUUUGACACUUUUUUGCCCUUUCUUUCUGGAGUCUGUCUUUAAUCCUCCUCCAUGUGGAACCAUAUCCCGCUCAUCAUGGUCUGCAGGUGCACUCACAUUUGACAUCUGAUGUCUCCUUCCAGUUGCAUCAUCUGUGUUAUCUUAUGUCACUAUUGGUUUGUGGCCAUUUUUCAGAACUGAAGAUGGAGUGGCCUGGCCAGCUAUUAAGGUUUUGGGGAGACGGGGAAAUUGUGGUAAAAUUCCUUAAUGUUUAAGGGAAAGUAACUUUAAGAGAUUUUCAGGAAAGCUUUAUAUACAUUCUUUUCAAAUUUCAAUAGAAAUGGGAGAACAGUGGUCUUAAUCAGUGAUUUAAUAAACUUUGAGCAGCUAUGCACGUUUAACUUUUUAAUAGCAUGGUUUGGCCAGUGAGUUAGCUCUCAACUCCUUUUCUGAAUUGACUUCUAUUAUCAAAGUAAAUAUUUCAUUACGACAAAUAAGGAAAAUGUUUUUUAAUUUCAAAAUCAGUGUCUGAAUUAACUUUCAUAAUUUCACAAGGGAUAUUCAUUUCUCAUAAGAGUUCUUCUUGAAGUCUGUUAUUGUUUGAGAUUUUUUUUCUCCCAUACAUUUGCUAGGAAUAACAAUGUUCAAUUGAUUUUAAUCUACUUGUGCAACACUCUAGUGUCUUACAGAAGUUGUUUAUAGCGAAUGAUCAUCGUAUUUUCUGAACUGAGGCCGUAUUAGGUGCUAGGGGGUGCUUGCCUUUUACAUGGAAAGUGAGAAAAUUUCAUAAACAUAAAUAUAGACAAAACAGACUCUACAGUGGUGAUGUAGUAAUCAUUAUGGCAAUGGAAAAGGAGUCCAAUUCAUAGCCUAAAACGUUAAAUGUAUUCUUAGGGGUCAGAUUUUAAUGAAUAUUUUACCCACAAUAACUGCCUAUUUUGUUAUAAUAAAAUAUAUAUAUAUAUAUAAAUAUAUAUAAAACUUUCUUUAACUAAACUAACUAUGGGAAUUAUUUUCUUUACAUAGUUGCACACACACGCGCAUAUAUAUAUAUUUAAAAUAUAUUUUUUCUUUUGCCACCUACUCCUAACUUUUUGUUUUGUUUUGUUUUGUUUAUAAAUUAAAUUGAUUUAGAGUUUAUCUUUCCUUAAUCAUGUGAACUGAAAAUAGGGGUACGGUGGUUGUGGGGAGAAACCUUUGGGGGAAAUUAGAUUACAAGUAAAAGUAUGGGCAUGUUCUCCUCUUUUCUACAAAAGUUUUCAAAUGGUUCCUGUUUUUUGUUGUUGUUCUUGUGUUUUGGGUUUGGUUUCAGUCCUCCGCCUUUCCUUCCAGCCCUCCCCCCUUCACUAAUAGGAAAACAGGCAAAAACUCCACUCACGUGUGUGUUUCCCCUCUGACUGUACACCUUUCAUCUCACGUAGCUGCUCUGCACUAGAGUUGCACACAUCUUGGUGCUGAGCAAUCAUAAGAAAUUUUAGUGAAAGGUAGAAAUGACUUCAGAAAUCAAUUUCUCUGGUCCUUUACAUUAAUAAUAUUGUUUGGCUUCCCGUUGCUUUUUGAAGUUGUUUAUUAAAUAUGUGUUUUUGACAACCUCCUCAUUAUAUAAUGUUUCUUAAAAUGAGCACUGGUUUGUGAACAAUUAUCAACAGUAUCCAUUCCAUUUAUGAGAAAGAGGAGAACAGCUAAUAAACUUUAUUGUAAAAUUUAUAUGUUGAGUGUGUCUUGAUUCUGAAAGAAAACAUCAUUUUACAAGCUAGUGUUUUCUUGGAACAGUUGGGUACAUCAUGUAAUUUAUCAUCUGAAUUCAAGAGCCAUUAGGCAACAUAAUAAAAAUGUUUGGGUUUUGGAAUUGAGUAUGGUGACACAUUGAAGAAUAUAAUAUUGCCGUUACACUAAAUGUAGUGGGCUAUUGCCAAACAUGAGCAUACUAAAAAGGAAAUUGUAGAAUGAUUUUAGGAGAGUCCCAGAAGUCACUUUGCAGCAAGAUUUCAGCGUAAGCCGUUCUGAAGUAUUUUCUGAAUAGUCACAUUAUAAAAUAUCAAGCAGUUAUAAAAUGUUUAUGUGUUAAAAUAUCUUUGUCACACUGCUUUCUGGAUAUCCUUGUUAAGUGAUUUUUUAUAAUACUGACUUUCAUGCAGCUUUCUAUAUUGUAUAAAACCAAAAAAAAAUCCAUUGCUGUUGAGUCGUUCUGACUCACAGCAACCCUA